AUGAGAAUUCUGCUGUACUGUUUACUGUUGGUUGACGAGUACACAGUGAAUAUCGAAGAAAAUUCCUACAGCACUACACUAGACAAGCUCAGAGAUAGAUACUUUAAAGAAGAAAAAUUGUCAAAUGAAAAAAGAUUUGCAGAUCUCCCUGAAGAAAUAAUACAGAGAAAGGACAAUAAUGUAAUGUUUAAAUCAGACGAUAUCAGACAUGACGUCAUGUACGCUUUUGUCGCGGAGUGUCUGGUGAAGGACAUUGAUCUGGAAUUCUUUCUUAACACAGCAUCAGGUCACGUGAUUACAGAAUACUGCAGGUCCUGGGAUUAUGAGAAGAGUGAGGGAGAGAGAUGUCUGUAUGUGCCGAAGAUGCCAAAGAUGCUUAAAUCCGUCAUAGACAGACUUCAAUUAGACAUUAUCAGAUACUGCUCUAUAUCAGACAGGGGGAUUCGUGACAAGAUCACUAAACGUUUGGGAGUCCCUGCAGAAAUACUAGAGUGGGACAAGGAAGCAAGAAAGCGGUAUGUCGAGUACGCUAAGAGAGGAACACUGACAGUCCACCACGCCCGUGGGAUGAUUGUUGGAUGUGCUGGGGCGGGGAAAACAACGCUACUUAAACGUCUGCUUCGGUGUAGUGAGGAGGAGAUAAGAAAUGUGAAAUCAACAGAAGGACUGAAAGUACACCAGGAAAUAUUUAAGAUUUGUGAUAAAACAAACACACUGGAAGGUAAAAAAGAUUGACCCAUUGCUAUUUAAGGUAUUUCCAUCCCCAGCGAUUUUUUUCUACCCAUUGGGAUAGGUACCGGUUCAAUUGGGAAAAAUUAGCAACAAAGUAGAACAAAGGAGUAAGGAGAAUUUUCCGUCAUUUAAACGUAUUUUGCGUUAAUUCCGUUCUCACCUAUUACUCCAUGUUUCAAAGAAUAAACAACAAUUAUUGUUUUUCAUAUCAAUGUCCCUUGUUUUCGCUUUUUCAUGAUAAAAUUUGUCAAAAUACGACACUACGCUGUUUACACCACAGGUUCCACCAUCCAUUACGACUGAGGCCUGUUCAAAAGAGCAAACGUUCGCGAGCGCUUGCCAAAAUUCCUUAUCCCUCCAACAGAAAUGUUUGCGAGCGCUCGCUCUGCUGAACAGGCCUCUGAUCUCUACUUUCGAUUUAAGCGGAAGUGAAACAAUUAGUCAAUUUGUACAAUGUUUCAUAUGAAAAGAAAAACGAUGUCAUCGUAGUCUGUUGCUUGGCAGUUGAAUUGGGAAUUUUUAGUCUCAAAAUUGGGAGAAAUUAACGUUUUUGGCAAUGGGAAUGGUACCGUUUAUCGGUACCAGAUAU